AACAGCCAAAUAACUUAAUGCAACAACAACAGCAACAACUAAAGCAACAACAACAAAUGCGCUGCCAUAGCUGUCGACAACGUCUGGGGAUCAAAAAGAUUUGGCUGCCGCUUAUCAUCUUCCUUUCACUGCAGCUCGCCUUGAUAUGCGCGGAUGAGGUCGAGGUGGUGAAGGCGAUCUCUGGCGGCGGCGGCAACGAUGAGCUCUCCCUUGGCCUGAACGAGCAAGACAAUGAGGUGGACCAAAUGGCGCUCGAAUCGGAACAGGAAUUGCAGCAGCAGCAGCAGCAACAGCAACAACAGCAACAGCAACAGCAGCAGCAACACCAACACCAACAACACCAACAACAGCAGCAACACCAGCAGCAGCAACAGCAACAACAGCAGCAGCAGCAACAACUCCAACAACAGCAAUCCGUUUCCAUGCCCAAGGUGCAGGUGCAUUACCCCCACAAUGGUCUGCCACAGGCGCCACCUGGACUCAGCCUGAGCCUCGGCCUGGGCCCGGCCCGCAGCAACAAUCAUCAGAACAUCCCGAUGAGCUUUGGCCAGCCCUUCGGACCGCCACCGCCGCCCGGCGCCCAGUUCUACAAGGGACCACCGCCGCCGGCACCGCAGCGACCACUGGCCCUGCCCCCCUCACAGCAGCAGCAGGUGCAACAGGUGCAGGUGCAGCAGGUGCCAUCGCUGGCCGAUCUCAGCGUGGGCGCCUCCAGCAACAAUGAGAUCUGGGCCUCGCCCGUCCAGGACAUGCCCAAGAUCGUCUCGCUGGACGUGAAGUGCGAGAAGAACGGCAUGAAGGUGUUUGUCCAAUUCGAUAAGCCCUUCAAUGGCAUCGUCUUCUCCAAGGGGCACUACAGCAACAUCAACUGCGUGCACCUGCCCUCCGGCCUGGGCCGCAGCUCGGCCAGCUUCGACAUUGGACUGCACGAGUGCGGCACCGCCGGCAACACGGACAACUACAAUCAGGGCUAUGGCCACGAUGCCGCCGGCAGCGCCGGUGCUGGCACCUACUUCGAGAACAUCAUUGUCAUCCAGUACGAUCCGCAGGUGCAGGAGGUGUGGGAUCAGGCGCGCAAGCUGCGCUGCACCUGGCACGAUCAGUACGAGAAGAGCGUGACCUUCCGCCCCUUCCCGGUGGACAUGCUGGACGUGGUGCGUGCCGAUUUCGCUGGCGACAAUGUCGGCUGCUGGAUGCAAAUCCAGGUGGGCAAGGGACCGUGGGCGUCCGAGGUGUCGGGACUGGUGAAGAUCGGACAAACGAUGACCAUGGUGUUGGCCAUCAAGGACGACGACUCGAAGUUCGAUAUGCUGGUGCGCAACUGUGUUGCCCACGACGGCAAGCGGGCGCCCAUCCAGCUGGUGGAUCAGCGCGGCUGUGUCACCCGUCCCAAGCUAAUGUCGCGCUUCACCAAGAUCAAGAACUUCGGUGCCUCCGCCUCGGUGCUGUCGUACGCCCACUUCCAGGCCUUCAAGUUUCCCGAUUCGAUGGAGGUGCACUUCCAGUGCACCAUACAGAUCUGUCGCUACCAUUGCCCGGACCAGUGCAGUGCCGAGACCAAUCUCCAGGACGUUCACCAUCUGCAGGUGGGACCCGAGUCCCAGUACGGACCACCGCCCCAGCUGCAUGGCGACGCGUAUCAUGUGGCCAGUGCGAUCGGCAAGCGACGGGAUGAGCGACGCGUCCAGCGACGUGCUCGUGCCGUGGCCGACUCCACGGAGCAAGUGGGUCUCAAUCGCAUCAUCAAGGUGGUCUCCUCCGGCGAUCUGACCUUUGCCAUUGACGAACAGGCGGCUGCCGGUGCCGGCAACAACAGCAGCACCACUUUGCCCCAGACAAUGGUCUUUCCGCUGCGCGAGGAGGGACUCAUUUGCAUGACUACGCCGGGCUUUGCCAUUACGCUGAUCGUGCUGCUGGGCAUUCUGGUCACAUCGUGCCUAAUCUCCGCCGUGUUGUACGUCCGUCUGCGACCCUUCUCCAGCUUCGCGGCCAAGGAGCGCGCCGUCGCCUUCACGAAUCCACAGCUGGCCGCCGGCCCACUGCCCGUCAUCCACCUGCCAUCGCCGCCCGAGGCACUGGCGGGCACGCUCUCCAAGAAGCGAUCGCUAUCAUGAGCGCAACGCGUCUCUCGUAUAUCGCAACCAUACAC